AUGUAUCAAUCUAACAUUCAUCUUCUUGAUCUACCUUAUGAAAUAUUGUUCAUCAUCUUGAAUAAACUUAAUAACAUUGAUGUUCUUUAUUCUCUAUUUGGAAUUAAGAAUGAACAGAUUAAUGCUUUAUUAGAAGAUGAUGUAUUUACUAGCAUUCUCAAUUUUGUAAGUGUGUCAUCAACUAUUAAUGACAAAAUUGGUCGAUUUUGUAGUUAUAUAUUACCUCAAAAACAUAAUUGUGUCAGAAAACUCAUUGUUGACGCAACAUAUAUGGAACAUAUUCUUCUUGCUGGUGAUUAUCAAAAUUUGACUUAUUUGGAACUUUUCAAUUUCAAGGAGGAGAUAGUUUGUUAUUUUACAGAUAAAUCAUCAUUUCAACAUAUUUUUCAAUAUCAGAUAACAGAUCUUAUUCUUCAUAAUAAUGAUCAAAAUCGUUUUGGAACAUCAUUGAAGAUUUAUAAUAGAAAUAUUUAUGCACAUAUCAUAGAUCUCUUUCAAAAUCUACAGCAUUUAACAAUUAUUACAUCAUCAUCUGUGGACGAAUAUCCACCUUUUUUCCUAUCUUGGUUGCCAUCAACUACAUAUUUCACUUCAACACUUACUACUUUAUGUAUUAAUGUGUUUAGUUUUGAUGAUUGUGUCUCUUUACUUGAUGGUCGUCUCAAACAACUAACUACAUUCAACGUUCAAUUUUAUGCUAUCUUCACAAAUAAUAUCUAUGAUAAAAUAAUGUUAAUGUUUAAUAUUAACUUAUGA